AUGGCGUCUCGGGGAGGAGGAGGAGCACAUGCUAGCCGGCCGCCUCUGAGGGUCGGGCGCACGAAGGAGUACCGCAUGGGCAGGGACACGCAGCUACUCGCCGCCGAGGGCUCGCCGGUGAGCCUCUUCGUUCUCUGUGGCGACCGGUUCGAGGGCUCGCAGCUGUUCCGCUCCGGCGAACUGUCGGUGCACAUGAUCCGGGUCGAGGGCCACCCCGUGUCCAUGGCCUCCUGCACCGUCGGUGACCACCAGUGGAUGCUCGCCAGGGACGCACUCGUUGCACGCGUUGACGCCCGCGUCUUCGUCUUCGAGCUGCCGGGGUUCUUCUACGCAGUCGUCGUGCCGCCGGACGAAGCCGUCGGCUCCGGGGCCGCGGAGAGGAAAUGCGCCAUACUGGCCGAGAUCUUCUCUCGGUUCUGUGCGUACCAGGAUCUCUCCAAUGCAGAAGGUGGAGAGGAAGCCGGCGACCAGCAGAGCCAGCACUGGAACCCAUGGGUUCGUGCACACUCUAGGAUACAGCGCCUCGGGAGGCCCACUAUGAUUCCCGGCCGUGCAACCGCCGAUGCGCCUGCCGCCAUCGGCAGCGCCAGGCAGAUGGAGCGCGCCGUGCGCACGUCGGCCGUUGUGAAGCUGCUGAACCGUUCCCUCCUCGCCGGCGCGCUCCAGCCCGCGCGGCACCUGACAAUCACCCUCGGUGCCGGUGUCGGCGUUGGCGCUGUUCGCGGCACAAGCGCACUCCCCACUGCCUUCGCGGCGGCGCUGCCGAGCAAGUCCGUCGUGUCCGACCUGCUCGACGCCAUCGAGACGAGCCGGACGAACGCGCCGCGCCGCGAGGUCCGCCGUAGCAACGGCCUGGGGUGGUGGAGCCUCAACGUCGAGGGAGUCAUGAUGCUGCUCAGAGUCGUUCAGGCGAUCCGGGGCAGGAGACUGCCAGCGGCUCUGGGUGUGGGCACGAAGAGGCCGCGCGACGAUGGGAACGGAGGCGCCGGGCACGAUGGUCUCAAAGGUGGCAGCGGCGUUGGACCGGCGCUCGGCGGCAGUGGGGCACGUCGGUGGUGCGGCGGGAAGCAGAGGAAGCUGGGGAGCACGGUGGGUGCAUGGGGAAACUCUUGA